ACUCUUGGAUAAAUGCGUAAUUAUCUACCUCGAUGACAUCCUAAUCUACAGCCGCAGCAGGGAGCAGCACUUAAAGGAUCUUGAUGCAGUCUUCACGCUGCUGCACAAGAAUCGCCUCAUCACGAAAGGGUCUAAGUGCGACUUUCUUAAGCCGGAGUUGGAGUUUUUGGGCCAUGUCGUCUCUACCGAAGGCGUGAAAAUCGACCCCAGGAAAAUCAAGACCAUACAGGAAUGGAAGCCGCCGACCAACCUCAAGGAACACCAAAGUUUUCUGGGUUUUGUCAACUACGUCCGCCGCUUUAUCCCCAAUAUGGCUGGGUUAUCUGCACCGCUAACCGACCGAUUGAAGGAUCACGAUUGUUUUUGGUGGGGUGAGAAGCAGCAAGCUGCAUUCGAUCAACUCAAAAUCGCCCUCACGUCGCCACCCGUCCUUCGCAUCUCCGAUCCCAACCGUCCAUACGAAGUCGUCACCGACGCCAGCGACAUCACCAUCGGUGCAGUUCUCCUACAGGAUUUCGGCGACGGGUUACAACCAGUCGCAUACGAAUCACGGAAGCUGCAAGGCGCGGAGAAGAACUAUACAGUGCACGACAAGGAAAUGCUGGCAAUCGUCCACGCGUUCAAAACCUGGCGGUGCUACCUGACCGGAGCUGACGUCACAGUGCGGACGGACCACAAAUCCUUACAGUACCUGCGCGCCCAACCGAACCUCAACCCACGACAGAUCCGAUGGCUCGAUUUCCUCGAGUCAAAUUUCCAUUACACCAUCACCUACAAACGGGGGGCCAAUAAUAUCGCCGAUGCCUUGACCCGCCCUACUGUCCAUACCGCCGCGAUACUACAGGGAGGGAGAGAGGCAGGACGGCAGGGAGGAGAGAGGCAGGAGAGCAGGGAGGGAGAGAGGCAGGACGGCAGGGAGGGAGAGAGGCAGGACAGCAGGGAGGGAGAGAGGCAGGACAGCAGGGAGGGAGAGAGGCAGGACAGCAGGGAGGGAGAGAGGCAGGACGGCAGGGAGGGAGAGAGGCAGGACAGCAGGGAGGGAGAGAGGCAGGACAGCAGGGAGGGAGAGAGGCAGGACAGCAGGGAGGGAGAGAGGCAGGACGGCAGGGAGGGAGAGAGGCAGGACAGCAGGGAGGGAGAGAGGCAGGACAGCAGGGAGGGAGAGAGGCAGGACAGCAGGGAGGGAGAGAGGCAGGACAGCAUGGACCAGGGGGGCGUGGGGCGGUGAGUGUGUGGUUUGGCUGAUGGCCAGACGGUGAGCAGGGAGCAAGAAUGCGACGAUGGCCUGGCCCUGGCGUUCGGCUUUCCCACUGCUAUGUGGCUCACUCCCAAUGGGGAGCUACAAUCAGGAUUCAUUUCCUUGGAUCACCCCCGAUACUUAUCAGACUAGGGCCAAAUGUGGAUGAGCAAUAGACUGGGGCGUAAGAAUAAGAUACAUGCUUCAGGGGGCCUAUGGCUGUAGCUACGAGGAUCUAUGUGGUGGCUAGGAUCUAUAUGCAUUCACGCAGAAGUCAAUGGUUAUAACAAGCUAAGAGCAGUCAGAUGCCUACUGGUUGUUCAUCAUCCGACCUGCUUUGAAAAGCUUGGGAACGG